CGUUAGGCUGCGCCUCCCCCUUUCCUUUUCUCUUGCUGGCCUCCGCCGCCGCCGCCGGUCCCCGGAGCUCCCGUCAGCCGCCCCCGGGCGUGCGUCCGUCCGUCCCCUUCCUCCCCUCCGUGUGUGCUGACAAGAUGGCGGCGGUGGUGAUGAGCGGCGGGGUGUCGGUGGUGGCCCGGCUGGAGGGCCGAGAGUUCGAGUACCUGAUGAAGAAGCGCUCGGUGACUAUAGGCCGGAACUCGUCGCAGGGCUCAGUGGAUGUCAGCAUGGGGCACUCCAGCUUCAUCUCCCGCCGCCACCUGGAGAUCUUCACCGCCGGGGACGAGGAGGAGGGCGGGGGGGAGUUCUACCUCCGCUGCCUGGGCAAGAAUGGGGUGUUCGUGGACGGCGUGUUCCAGAGGAGGGGGGCCCCGCCGCUGCAGCUGCCCCGAGUAUGCACCUUCAGGUUUCCCAGCACAAAUAUCAAGAUCACCUUCACUGCUCUCUCGUGUGACAAGAAGGAGAAGCAGGAGGCGCCCGAAUCCCCCAUCAAACCCGUGCAGCCGCAGAUCUCCCCCCUGACCAUAAACAUUCCAGACAACAUGGCUCAUCUGAUCAGUCCUCUGCCCUCCCCCACCGGAACGAUCAGUGCUGCAAAUUCCUGCCCGUCAAGUCCUCGCGGCGCCGGCUCGUCAGGGUAUAAAAUGGGCCGCGUCAUUGCCGCAGACCUCCACCUAAUGACUGACAACUCCCAGCUGGAAAACGACAAAGAAGCCUCUGGUGGAGACAGCCCAAAGGAUGACUCUAAGCCCCCCUACUCUUACGCACAGCUCAUAGUACAAGCAAUCACAAUGGCCCCGGACAAGCAGCUGACGUUAAACGGUAUCUACACGCACAUUACGAAAAACUACCCCUACUACAGGACAGCGGACAAAGGCUGGCAGAAUUCAAUCCGUCACAACCUCUCCCUUAACCGAUAUUUCAUCAAAGUCCCGCGGUCCCAGGAAGAGCCCGGGAAAGGUUCCUUCUGGAGGAUAGACCCCGCCUCGGAAAGCAAACUCAUAGAGCAAGCGUUUAGGAAACGAAGGCCCCGGGGCGUGCCGUGCUUCAGGACCCCUCUAGGACCUCUUUCUUCAAGGAGUGCACCAGCGUCUCCCAACCACUCGGGUGUCUUGUCCGCACAUUCAAGUGGCGUCCAGACUCCAGAGAGCCUGUCCAGAGAGGGCUCCCCGAUCCCCAUGGAUCCCGAACCCAGCUCCAUCCAGCCAAAGCUUGCAGUGAUCCAGGAAGCACGGUUUGCACAGAGCGCUCCAGGAUCCCCCCUCUCUAGCCAACCGGUCCUCAUCACUGUGCAACGGCAGCUCCCACAGACGAUAAAACCAGUAACCUACACGGUGGCCACGCCAGUCACCACGUCCCAGCAGACAGUAAUGCAGACCGUGCACGUGGUCCACCAGAUACCCGCCGUCUCGGUCACCAACGUCUCUGGCCUCACUCCUGUCAACACCUACACGGUCAGCGGGCAGGCUGUGGUAGCACAAGCUGCAGUGGUCGCCCAGCCGAAACUAGAGCCUCAAGAGAAUGGAGACCACAAAGAGGUCAAAGUGAAAGUAGAAGCAAUUCCUGCGAUGAAUCACCCAGCGCUCAGCACAGCGAGCCGGAUCAUCCAGACCUCGUCGUCCGCCCCCCUGCAGACGGUCACUAUAGUGCAGCAAGCUCCUCUAGGUCAACACCAGCUCCCCAUCAAAGCGGUCACACAGAACGGGACGCACGUCCUGCCCAUCACCACUGCCAUCCAAGGACAGGUCACUACAGCAAACGCCAACUACUCCAUGAUUGACGGCCACCGACUGUGGAGAGGAAAUGGAGUCCGAGCUGCCGCUAGCCCCCUGCACAUGCUGGCCACCCACGCCUCGGCCUCGGCCUCCCUCCCGACCAAGAGGCAGAACGGAGACCAGAACGAGCAGCUGGAACUGAAGAGAAGCAAAAUGGAAGAACGCGAAGCUCUAGUGAUAUCCGUAAACGAGAACGCCAAAACGGAAGGAACCGUGGCGUCCAGUGAACAAGUCGGCAACCAAAAAUAGGAAAAAUCCCCCCCGCCCCGCACACACACAAAAUGAAUUAUUUUUCUUUUCUUCAUUCUUAUCCCCCCACCACCAUUUCUGGAAGUGACCUCCAUUUAAAGGAAUACACACACAGUUUCAGAGGUGCCAAAAACAUUUGUAUGAAACUGGGGAGGGGGGAUGGUCCCUGUGAAGAGAUGAAUCGACUUUGUAGAACAGCACUGAAUCGGCGCAGAAGGCCUCACAUCAUGUCACAGAGGUCUCGCAAAACGGACACUUUUUUUUUUUUUUUAAUAACUUCUACCUGGAUACCCUAAGCCGCCCCCUCCCCGCCCACCCGCUGGCAGGAUGUGCAAGGAUCUACCGACGGGAUCUUCAAGUCUGCAAAUUUUUUAAGAGAAUUGUUGGACGCUGUGUGGCCCCUCCCAACUUUUUUUUUUUAUAUAUAGGUGUAUAAAGCAUAUUUCUGAUCACUAUGUGCUCGACGUGGACUGGAUCGGGAGUCACAAUUCAGCAUCUGUUCCUUUUUAAAGGGAAACUAUUCAAAAAUCGGCAGCUAGCCCUCCCCCUGCCCCCUCGGAGUCGCACAAGACGGACCCUCCUCCCUGCAGAAAAAUGACACGGAUGUUAAAAAAAAAAAAUAUAUAAACUAAAAAUUUUUCCUUCCCAGCUCAACAAGUGGACGGGUCGUACAUUUCAGAAUUUCCAGCCACUUCAAUAUUUUGAAAAAACCUAAUGUUUUUAGUUUUGUUUUGUUUUUUAAUUUUGAAGAACUGAAUGUAGUUUUUUUUUGUUUAGUUUUUUGUGUCCUUCCGAUGUUACAUUUUUUUUGGUCCCUUAUAUUUUAGCCUGAUUUAUUUUUAUUUUUUCUCCUUACCACGUGUGGUGAUUAACUCCUUCUUUUUGAGCGUGCAUGUCCCAGAAGGAAGAAAAGAAAAAGGAAAAAUAAUAAUCGUAAGAGACGUUUAACAAAUUGUAAAGAAACUGCUAUCAGUUUUGAUCAGAGCUGCACUUAACUCCUCCCCCUCCCUUCAUGUUCUGUGCCCCGGCCUAAUUUACCCGCCUUAUCCUGCCCCCCCUCCUUACACCGCCCCCUCCCCUGUAAGGUAAAAAACAAAAAAGAGAAAAAAACAAAAAAUAUCUUGCUUAAUAUUGUGUAUGUUUAAAUGGCAAAAGGCUGCUGUUAAAGUCCCGAUUAGAAAAGGAAAAAAAUGACAAACUUUGAGAAGGCAACAAAAAUAAUAAAGGAGAAAAAAAAUGGUAAAGAAAAGUGUCGAGGGUAAAUUUUCAGAAAAUAAAAAACGCUCAGAACACUGGAACUGUAAACCCAUCUGUCCCACAGUGUCCGUUUUGGUUUCCGUUUUUUUUAUUUUUUAAAUAUACACAUAGAACCGUCUUAGUCUGACAUGCUGCUCGAAGGACGACACAAUCCUCCGCCUCUGGAAGUUUCCGGCCUCUCGGUUUUGGCCGGUGCACUGUCCUCACUUCCGCCGUAGUGUUUUUGGUUUUUUUUGUUUUUUUUUUAUGGAUCUAAUGUAAUUAUGAUAUUUUCCUUAUAACCACGACUGGCCUGCCAUGAAAAUGAAUGGAGAUUGGAUGAUGGAAAACGCUGGCUUUUAUUUAUAUCUAGAUUUUUUUAUUUUUUUUGUUAAUGGCACCAUUAAAAUAUUUAUAAUCUUGACAUUUAAUAAACCUCGGAGUAUGAUGUUUUACAUGAAAA